CUUCUUUUCCGACUCCCUAUCAAUCAGGCGAUCUCGGCCGCGCGCUGAAUCCCAUUCGGCUCGUGAGAUCGCGUUUGAGCGGCAAGCGCGCAGUCUGGACGCUUUUUGGCUGAAAUAUGAUGUUUGGACGGCGGUUUCGGGGCAGAUUUUCUGGCUCGACACACAGUCGAGGCCCAGCUCUCUUUUUUUAAUGAUCUUUUGUAGAGGCGCGAAUGGCGGCUGCGCUGGUGGGGAGGGAUAGCCCCGUGUCUCUUAGAUUGAUUGAUAGGCGAUUAUGGGCAGGCUUUUUAUUAUAUUUAAAGGGACAGAGUCGAUAUUUUUGUGAGUCUGCGAAACCGUUUUAGCGGUUAAGCGGCAGAUGUUUUCCAUUAUGGGGUAUGAUGUGUACCAUAGUUGUAUAUGAAAGCAGUCAGAUGUUCAAAUAGUUAUAUAACGCCUCGAAUGUAAACACUGAUAGUGAUAAGAACAAAUUGGCAACGGUUUUUAGACCACAGGCUCAGUACAAACAUGGCGCCUACAGUAAUAGAGAGGAAAGAUAUACAGUGCGAUACAUUUGUGACUAAAAAAAUAACACUAGCUGUAGAUUUAGGACCAGAACUGACAAUACGAGAACCGAAAAUGAAUAAACAAGUCGAUUUUGGCUAAAAACGCAUGUGUUUUUAAUAUUCCUCUCCCAAUUCAAGGUGAAGCAAUCAUCUUAAGUCAUGUUGCAGUGCAGACAUUACGGUAUUAUUUAGCGACGUUACUAUUUAUAUUGCAAACUGUAUUUGUCUGACAGAGUUGUUUAUCUAAUUUCACAUAACGUUACACGUUUAUUUUGACGUAAUUAAAUGUCACUUUUAUUCACUUGCUGAAAUAUAUAUAAAAAAAUAACAACAUUUUGAGUCAACGUGCAUACAGAAAAUGUAAUAAAAACUAGAAAUGGCUGAUAAGGAUAGAUCAAUAAGUGUGCCCAUAAUCCAAUUUAAAAUUAAUAAUAAUAAUCAUAACUAUCAAUAAUGGUAAAUGCGGAGUUAAUUUUAGUAAUGACACAAAGGGUAAUUACGACUCUAAAUCUGCCAAAUGGGCAUGGUUAAUUUUUAAAAUAGCUAAUUAAUGUUCAACAUUAAAUAUUAAAUAAAAUUAUAGUCUUUGGUUUCUCAUUAUACAUGCAAUUAUCCAUUGAAUACACAAAAAAUAUCCAGGUUUUGUAUUAUUGUGUUUGUCAUUCGUCAUUAUGGGUGUACUGGAGUCUUUGACAUUAAAUAAAGAGUAAAGGGUAUUUCAUGUUCCCGUUCAGUUUACACAAAUAAAUGUGUUUGUUCUGGCUGUGUCAGGUGUUGUGGUGCUGAAGUUCAGCUGUAUAGAAUGCCCAAGCGUUGUCCACGGCAACAGUAACUAUGAUGACAUCUCCAUCAGUGUCCAUGGAGGAUUACCAGGAGGCUGAACAGAUGCAAGUAGGUGAAAAGGCAGAGGAGAGGCUGGAGGAAGAGGAGGAGGAGACAGGAGAAGAGGAGGGCAGCUCGGCACUAUCUGAGCCACAAACUCCUAUGGAGGUCUACAAGACAGCCAUUUACAGACACCCGUUGUUCCCUUUGCUGGCGCUGCUUUUUGAAAAAUGCGAGCAGUCCACCCAGAGCUCAGAAUGCGUCACCUCGGCCAGUUUCGACGUGGACAUCGAAAACUUUGUACGAAACCAGGAGAAAGAAGGCAAGGCUUUCUUCAGUGAGGACCCCGAUUUGGACAAUCUGAUGGUAAAGGCCAUCCAGGUGUUGCGGAUUCACCUGCUGGAGCUGGAGAAGGUGAACGACCUGUGUAAAGAUUUCUGCAGCCGCUACAUCGCCUGCCUCAAGACCAAGAUGAACAGCGAAACUCUGCUUAGCGGGGAGCCAGGAAGCCCCUACUCCCCAACACAGACACAGGUACCUGCAGGUACCUUAAAACUGCCCGUAGUCUUCACAAAGUCCCUUUAUCGAGAAAAUAAAUGUUGUUUGUUUAUUUACUCCUCUCAGCUCCCAAGCUCCUUCUCUGGAGCUGUGAGUCCUCAAGGUAUCGUAGUGCCUGCGUCGGCUCUACAGCAGGGCAAUGUUACGGUUACUGCUGUAAACCCAACACAAGUUGUGUCAGGUGGCACUGUAUAUCAGCCCGUGACGGUUGUUACUCCGCAGGGGCAGGUGGUCACGCAAACUCUGUCACCUGGGACAAUACGUAUACAGAACUCACAGCUUCAGCUCCAGUUGAACCAGGAUCUGAGUUUUUUCAGUCAGGACGACAGCUCAUCUAAGGCCAAGAGAGGCAUUCUGCCCAAACACGCCACUAAUGUCAUGCGAUCUUGGCUCUUCCAGCACAUUGGCCACCCUUAUCCUACAGAAGAUGAGAAGAAACAGAUUGCCUUGCAGACCAACCUGACCCUCCUUCAAGUUAACAACUGGUUUAUUAAUGCACGGAGACGGAUCCUCCAGCCCAUGUUAGACGCCAGCUCUUCAGACACGCCCAAGAACAAAAAGAAGACACCCCAGACACGCCCCCUUCAGCGUUUCUGGCCCAACUCCCUCGCCUCCUCCGUCUCCCAGCAAGAAGUUACAAUGGAAGACGGUACCACCGUAACAGUAGGUGUGGGGGAGGACGGCCUGCAGACGCUCACAUCAGAUGGAGCAACGCUGGCCAUGCAGCAGGUCAUGAUGGGAGGUCACAGCGAGGACGACGAUGAAGACGACGACGAAGAUGACGACGACAGCGAUCCUUCUCACUCCGACAUGACCAGGCUGGGCCUGGAGACCAGCGACUCACUGUAGUAGGACUGAACAUUUGAACAUGCACACACAAACACUCAUUUAGGAUCAUUUCAGAGCACUAAGGUGGAGAAAUUAAAGAAAGAGAGAGAGAGACACACCUCGGCUGAUUUGUUGAAUACUUUCUCAAGUUGUCAAACAGCUUGCUCGAAGUAGAGAAACGGCUUAAAGCCACACACAAAGUGAAAAGCACAAGCACGCAGUCAAAAUCUCUCACAGGCAUCAUUUCAAUCGCAAGAACUGCGACGCAGUUAGCCGAGUGCACUUUUUGUAUAAUAGUGUAAACUAAAGCAUUCAAAGCACAGUUUAAAAGAAGCUAUAGGGAAAAUGUCAAUGCUGAAUGAUGAUUUGGCUGUAUUUACCCUCAUCGGUUUUAUGACAAUGAGAUGUCGUCUCUUGCAUGCCUGUGUUUGCGUUCAUUACCAGGCACUAGAAAAAGAAGGAACUAUUUUUAUAGUACAGUGUCAAAAAUGAUCGUGCCAAUUUUUCUUUUGUUUUGCUCUGGUUUGCAAUGUUUUGUAAGGAGUAUUUAUGUAUAAAAAAGACAAAAAAUCGACUUUUAAUGUGGUCGCCCUGUUUUUUGGGGUUUCGGUUGCCGUAACUACUUAGUACAAAGUACAAAGAAAGAGAUUUUGCAAAGUUAUCCACUGAAGGCGAAGACUCGAAAGCCUUACAUUUUUACAUUUCUAAUGUGAGACGUUGCGAACAUCACAUCAAACUGACCAGCGAUGUCACUUCCUGUGCAAUCGAGAUGGAAGCGAGGAACGCUUGCCAGGUUGUGAUAAUAUUUAUGACAUUUAAUGCCUGUAAUUAUUGUGUGAGAAUGAUAUAUUACUUUAUGAAGGUGAUUGCUUUUUUAAUUAUUAAAUUGCAAAAAAAAGUUGAUGCUGUAACACCUUCAUCUCAAACAUUUAUGAUUUUAUGAGUUGUCAUAGACAGUUUCGGAUGUUUUGUCAUUGUAAGAAACAUGUUCUUGACCACAAGUGGUGGGGUCAUUUUCUCAAUAUCUUAAGACUGCAUGAUUUUUUCUUUAUUAUUGUAUAGAAGCGUAUAAUAUUUUGGGGGGAAGUGCUAUAUGCCCACAACAGACUACACAAAUCAUUUCAUACAGUAAGUGUUAUAUUUCAUCAAGUUAAAAAAACAUCAAUACAGGUUUUUGCAUUUUAUUUUAAAGGAUUAGUCAAUAAAAAAAAAAAAUUCCAGAUAAUUUACUCACCACCAUGUCAUCCAAAAUGUUGAUGUCUUUCUUUGUUCAGUCGAGAAGAAAUUAUGUUUUUUGAGGAAAAAAUUCCAGGAUUUUUCUCAUUUUAAUGGACUUUAAUGGACCCCAACACUUAACAGUUUUAAUGCAGUUUAAAAUUGCAGUUUCAAAGGACUCUAAAUGAUCUCAAACAAGGCAUAAGGGUCUUAUCUAGCGAAACAAUUGUCAGUUUUGGCAGCGCGACCUCACGUCAAGAGGUCACGGAUGACGUAUGCGAAACUCCGCCCCAGUGUUUACAAGUGUGGAGAAAGAGGACCGUUCUGCUUUGUUGUAUGUUGAAUGAUACUAAUUAAUGUCUUUGUGUCAGUUUAUUGUUUAAAAUGGUCCGCAAAUGUGCGUUUCAUAUAUGUAGCAUGUGACCUCAUUACGCAAUUGAGGUCGUGCUGCCGCGUCACACAACCGGAGGAAGACGAGAAGUUGUGGUUUAAAAGUGCAUAUUUUUUAUUUUUCUUGACAAAAAUGACAAUCAUUUUGAUAGAUAAGACCCUUGUGCCUAGUUUGAGAUCGUUUAGAGUCCUGUGAAACUGCAAUUUUAAACUGCAUUAAAACUGUUAAGUGUUGGGGUCCAUUAAAGUCCAUUAAAAUGAGAAAAUCUUGGAAUGUUUUCCUCAAAAAAAAAAAAAUUCUUCUCGACUGAACAAAGAAAGACGUCUACAUUUUGGAUGACAUGGUGGUGAGUAAAUUAUCUGGAUUUUUUUUUAGAAAAUUGACUAAUCCUUUAAGGUUAAAGGAAUAAUUCAUCAAAAAAUGAAUAAUUUUCUCAUCCUCAUGUUGUUUUAAACCUGUAAGAGUUUUUUUAUUUUGAUAAACACAAAAUAAGAUAUUUUGAUAAAUGAUGGUAAGCACACAUUGCCUUCCAUAGUAGGAAAACAGUAUUUUGAUAAAUAAUUAAGAAGAUUUUUAAUUAAUGAUGGUAAGCACACAGUUGACGGUACCCAUUGAAUUCCAUCGUAUUUGUUUUUUCUACUAUGGAAGUCAAUGGUUACCAUCCGCCUUGUGCUUACCAUCAUUAAUUAAAAUAUCUUCUUCAUUAUUUAUCAAAAUAUCUUCUUUUGUGUUUAUCAGAAAAAAUAAAUUUUCUUUACAGGUUUAAAACAACAAGAUAAUGACAGGAUUUUAAUUUUUGGGUGAAUAUCCCUUUAAAAUCUUCCUUAAAAGAUGCCACUAAAAUGUUCACACACACAAAUACAGUAUAUAUAUUCAGAUUGAUUGUUAUUUAGGAUAUUCAGUAUGUGCUUUAGGCUGUCUAUUCUGAGUGGCUUUUCAUUGCAAGCAUUAGUCUUGUGAUGGCAUCAGUCAUAUGAAACCCGAAACACAGUCCGUUAGCUUAGCAUGGGGGGUAAACGCUGCACUGUGGGCUUUGAGCAUUUUUCUCUUUGCUUAUAUAAACGCUUCUCUCUCACACAAACACAGAUUUGCCUUUCAGACUCUUUGUUUUGUAAUAAAGAACACUGUACCUGA